AUGCCUUGUCUUGAUAUUUCCACCAACGUUAACCUGGAUGGAAUCAACACAGAUUCAAUCUUUUCUGAACUCACAAAGGCUGUUUCUCAAAUCAUCGGAAAACCAGAAAAAUUUGUGAUGAUUCUGUUGAAAGGAUCUGUAGCCUUAACAUUUGGAGGGAAUAAGGAACCAGCAGCAUUGGCAGAAAUUGUAUCAAUGGGUGGCAUCAACACUGAAGUAAAAAGGAAGUUGAUUGCUACACUUGGUUUAAUCUUAGAGAACAAAUUGUAUAUUCCGAGAGCAAGAUUUGUCCUCAAGGUGUUUGAUACGACAACGGGGAGACAAAACUCCAAGCUUUAA